AUGCCUGCCACCAACGUUGUCAGUGAGCGCUCCUUCUCCGCCUUAAAGCCAUUCGGGACCUAUCUGCGUUCAACCACGGGACAGGCCAGGCUCAACCACCUCAUGCGGCUUCAGCAUGUCCACAAGGAAUUUGCUGAUGGUAUAGACGUUGUGGCGGUUGCCAAUUUGUUUGUGGGAGACAACCACCGGCGCAGGCUUUUGUUUGAGACGUUUUCUAAAUACGACCUUCCUAUGAAGUCUGUGUUUGCUUCUAAAGCAACUCAAACAUACUUUAGUGACCACGAAAUUACUAUGAUGUCUCUGCAGCUAGGCGAAACAUUUUCUGGUUUUAAGAUACAGAGACCAGUCCAAUGGGUCCUUCCGGCCUAA